AUAUAUAUAUAUAUAUAUAUAUAUAUACUACUAAGUGCACAUUAAAGUGUCCUGAUCUUUAGCAGGCAUAUUUGUUAUUGUUAUCAUGGCUUCUUCGUUUAAAAUCGGAGAGAGAUUUCAGGAGAAGGCGAGAGGUUUGCUGGAGAGAGAAUCUGCCUUAUCAGAAGAGCUGAAGGAAGAACUGAAAGCCCUGACAGAUCAGUCCAUCAUAUCAUUCAAGACUGUGAGAAAACUACACAAGCUUCUUCAAGAAAAUGGACAUCCACUGUAUCUUCAUGAACUGUUUGAGGACAGCACACUUCAUAUUCCGGAAGUCAUCACACCUCCAAGGAACCCCCAGCUGGUGGCCCGCCUAGAAAAAAUUAAAGCGAAACUUGCUAAUGAAGAAUAUAAGAGAAUAACACGGAAUGUAAAUCCACAGGAAAUGAAUCAUCAUGGAGCUUUAGCAGAUUUUGGACGACAAGUGCGUUCCGUGAAGGCAGUUGUUGUUACUGUAUUCAACUUCCUGGUAACUGUCGUUGCGGCGUUUGCCUGUUCAUAUCUGGGCAGCCAGUAUAUCUUCACCGAGACGACAGCGAGAGUAAUAGCUGCAGUGAUUGCAGCAUCUGUUGUCGGUCUUGCUGAGCUUUAUGUUCUGGUCCGGACUAUGGAGGGAGAACUUGGAGAGCCCUAAUACCAACUAAAAUCAUCCAAUAUUUCCCUAUUUUUUGUGUCAUCAUCAACGUUUUUCACUGUAGAGUUUCAGUUUGCGUAGUUUCUCUCCAAAUCGAAACAGUUAGGUUGAGUGAUUAGUCUUGAUCUAAUAUAGACUAUAAAGGCUUUUACAAAGAAAUCCUUUAUAUUGAAAUGUGCAAGAAUUAAUCAGAAAGUUUGGAAUUAAUCAACAGUUUAAUUAGUCAAUUAAGUGGUUUCGGAAACCACUUUUUUGAACUCAAGACACUAGACGGUACAUUAUGAUCAUUGUUAUUCACAUCUAUGUUCAUUUUUAUUUGAAUGCCCUCUACAGGAGUGCUAGUCCUUAUUUUUUAAGUUAACUAAGAAACAGUUGUGCUUUGAUGUUUAUUGUAAUUGUUACUGACUCAUAAAAUGCAGUGUGGGAAAAUGUCUUUUUUUUUUUUUUUUUU